AUGAGCGAGUACGAUCUUCCCAUUCCGGGAAAGUACAAGCAUCGUCUUCCACAGUGGUCUGAUGCUACGAGGGAGCUAAUACGAAGAGCUCCUCAUGGUAUAUCUACGUUCCGGUUAAUCCCCAGUGCACGCACAUAUUUCACGGGAUGCUACGGACUAUGCUUGGGCAAUUCUAUCAAAGCCUUUUCGCGGUUUCUAGUUUUCAACUCAUUUUCAAAGAUCAUGGCAAACGACCAUGGGAAGACGACAGCUCCUCGUGUGGUUAUUGCCGGAAUUAUGACCGGGUUGAUUGAGACGUUUUGGGUGAUUCCGUUCGAGAAUAUCAAAGUGACCAUGGUGCAGAACUCAUUGAUAAAGAUGCGAGACGGGCUCGUACCGGCCCCAGAGAGCACACGGACUCGCAGAGAUCUUCAGAUUGUGAGAAAUGUGGUAGCAAAAACUUCCGCCGGAGUGAGUGCUGAUUCACCUGUCAAGAACAAGACCAGAGUGCCUGCUACCACAUUUGCUGCUGCCUUCCGUGAGAUCUACGAAAUCAGAGGAUAUCGUGGGUUUUUCCAGGGAAGCUUUGUCACAUGUUUGCGUCAAGGAUUAAACGGGGCUGUUUGGUUUUCUACAUUUGCUUCUUUGAGACAGGCAAUCAACCCAGCUGGAUCUAUUGAAGAGAUGACGCCUCUGUACACGACAUGGAUGGGAUUGGUUUCUUCAGCUGCCGUGAUUGUGUUCACACAGCCCGUAGAUGUUGCUAAAACUCGAAUGCAAUCGCACGACUAUGGUGUUCUGUAUAAGAACACUGUUCAAUGCAUUCUAAAAACGGCAGUCGAGGAAGGGUUCUUCAAGCUGUGGACUGGAUGGUUUCCUCGGUUCAUUAAAGUCUCCGCGAGCGGGACCAUCACAAUAUGGGUUUACGAUUAUGUAGAGCCGGAAGUUCGCAAAGCGAUGACAGAGAAUCCGUUUUCAGCCCAAUAA